AUGUCCGAGCCUGCUCUUCGUCGCCCCGCGGAAUGGUCGCCCCAGAAAGAGACCAUUCUCGCUUGGCCCGGCUUGGAAGGGAGCCUCAAGGACCAUCCUGAGAGACUGGCCCGCAUCACAUCGGAAAUAUCCACGAUAGCCAGGGCAACUGCGCAUUUCCAGCCCGUGACCCUGGCCGUGGGCCAGGAGCGCUAUGAAGAGGCAGAGAUUGAAUUCGACGAAGUCACCACUCCUUUCCCCAUCAAAUUGCACAAAGUUCAAGGCACAACCCUGGACAGUCGGGUGAGGGACUUUGGUCCCACGUUCGUCGCCAAGGGCUCUUCCGGCCUGGUAGGCGUCGACUGGAACUUCAACGGCUGGGGCCACAAGGAAGCCACGCCAACAAGCACCAGCUUCGCGAAGACCCUGCUGAGGGACCUCCUCAUAGAGCGGCUGCAGGCCUCCAUCGUGGCUGAAGGCGGAGCGCUCGAAACCGAUGGAGAGGGAACGCUCCUCGUCACGGAGAGCUCGUUACUCAACGAGAACAGAAACGGCGGCAGGUCACGCCAGGAUAUAGAAGGCGAGUUAAUGCGCACCCUAGGCGUAGAAAAGAUCAUCUGGAUCCCCGGGAGGCGGGGAAUCGACGUCUCCGAUUGCCAUAUUGACGCGCUGGCUCGGUUUGCCCGGCCGGGGGUCGUCCUUCUGAGCAAAGCGAACGAGGUCAAACCGACCGACUGGACGGUGGUCUACGAGGAAGCUCUUGAGAUUCUGAGCAGCGCAACCGAUGCAAAGGGACGGCCUUUUGAGCUCAUCGAGGUGGAGGAGCCGGACGAGGAUCUCUUCGAAACGAACUCAGACGACGUGUUUCCUGUGCGGAGCUACGUCAAUUACCUUUUGGUUAAUGAGGGUGUUAUCUUGCCGCAGUUUGGGGAUCCGGCUCACGAUGCUGCCGCCAUACGUGUGGCGCAGAGUGUUUUUGGGGAAGAGAGGAGGAUCUAUCCCGUAUUGAUUGAGCAACUGCCUCGUCUUGGAGCAGGCAUUCACUCUUCGGGUCAGGAAAUCCCGCUCUCUGGUUGA